AUUGUUUUAAUGUACUAAACAUGUGUUAUCAUUUUUACCAAAUUAUUCUAAAUAAUUGUUGCCUUUAUCAUGUACGUGAAAUCAACAAAAGGAGUCCUUAACAAAAAUUGACCUACACCAGGUAUUCCAACCUAAAAAGGAUGUAAGCAAAGUGAGUCUUCAGUUAUCCUAUACGUUUUGUACUACACUUUCAGCCGCUCCCAAAGAAUCCCAAAGGAUUAUUGGAGGGUCUGUCACCGACAUUAGAUAGUACCCCAUGAUGGCCGCACUUCUGUUCUCUUCUACCAACUCUGGUCACAGGCAGUCCUGCGGGGGCUCCAUCCUUAACAACCGAGCCGUCCUUACUGCCGCUCACUGCACCAUUGGUGACCCAGUAAGCAGAGGGAUGGAAACGCUAACAGUGGUGGAGUUGUUCAUAACUCUCAACAAAUUAUCAACCACCCGAUCUACAACUCGAGGACUGUGGACAAUGACAUCGCCAUCAUUCGCAUCUCUGGAACAUUCUCCUACAACAACAACGUACGCGCUGCUUCUAUCGCCGGCUCCAACUACAACCUUGGAGACAACCAAGUCGUUUGGGCUACCGGAUGGGGGAGAACUUCUGUAAAGCUGUUUUUUUAUGAAAAUUAGUAAUCAUAAUUUAAGACCAAAGUCGUACCGUUUUCUUUAAUCGUCACUUAGGAAACU